AGCAUUAAUGGAUUUGUCAGUGAAACUGAGGAGUGUGAAUUACCAUAAGUAUGUGCUGACGCCAUCUAGCGGAUGUCUUAUCCAAUCAACUUUUGGAGCCUGGGAGAGAGCGAGCGAGAGAGAGAGAGGGAGGUGUGUGUGUGUGUGUGUGGAGGGGGGGGCUAGAGGAGCAUUUUCUGGCAUUUUAUCCCUCCUGCCCCAAACACUGACCCCUUGUUUCCCAAUUAAGGAAGGUAGUCUGUGUGGCAAAUGAACUGGCAAGAUGGCAAGAGACCCCCCCUGAUGUUUUAAGGACAUAUUGGCCUCUCCGCGUAAGUUAUAACAAAGCCAAAUGGGCUCCAACCCAAGUGGCCUCCCUCUGAAACUAUUUGAUUUGCACACAACUGGGACAGUGCGACUAAUCCAAUCCAAUAUCCGGACGCACAAAGGCUCUGUGAUUCAUUGAAAAAUCACGACAGACAAACUGUGGAGCUGCGCCGCUUAUACCUCCGGGCAUUUUCUAAUUUCAAUAAAGAUACAGACACCAUUACGGCUGCGCUGAGGGCGCCUCAGACGCGUCCACGACGGCGGAGGCUCCUGUGCUGACUGCCGAGGGCUUUUUCGCAAGGGAGUCGUGUUCAGAGCAAACGGUGCUUAUAUUGACGUCAAACGGCCGUGUGUGUGUGACUUUACCGCAUGUGCUGGCGUGACAGAGGCGACCCGAGCUGCCACUUCUAACCAAAUGAGCCCAGAAAUGCUCAGCAGCCAGUUAACCUGAGAGACUGCAAGAUGUGAUUAUGUUUUGAACUUUAAUUGAUGCUCGGCUUCUCCGAACUCGUUGUGAAUUCCUGAUUUAGUUGUGAGGGGAGAGAGCGACGCUGCAUCCCGCCGCUGACAGAGAGCCCACUUGUACCGCCGCCACAACUGUGCCAAGAGACUGGGGAGUCUUUGAAAGCCACCGGAGCGGACCCGACCGGCAUAUCAAUCAGCGUCCCGGAGAGCGACUCGCUGGUUCGCACCGUGGGAUAAAAGGCAUUGUCUUAAAGGUGCGUGUCCGUCUGCGUAUGUGCGCGUGUGGGAGAACAGAGAGGGGAAAUGGCACUUUUUCCCGUCUGAAGAAGGGAGGACAGCAACAGUCAGUGGCACACCAAUGUAAAGCCCACUUCCCUCUCGCCUUGCCACGGGUGCGCACCGGCGAAGAGGCGCAGGACCCGCAGGAUCAUCGAUUCUCACUUUGUGAUCUGCGUAUGUGACAAGAGCAGGGAGGAAGCGGUGAACGGUGGGAUUAAGGGGUGCUUCUCCUCAAGAAAGACUCAAAUUAUUUAACCAUGAACACCAGGAUAUUGUUUUUGCUUGUUUGUUCUGCGGCAUUUCUCGCUGGGCUGCAGUGCGCCUCGCCAAGGACCCCGGCGGGGAUGGAUCUCACCACCGCCGGCUUCAGCAACAUCAGCACCGGCGGAGGUGGCGGCACCAGCGGCGGCAGCAGCGGGGAAACCGGGGGCAAAAGAGACUUGAACCAAACGAUAAACUCCAGGCUGAAGAGGAAAACCCUGGCUGUGGAUUUUGCGGUCCCUUCUCUGUUGCGCUAUUACCUGGCGGAGUUCAUAAAGAGACCCCUGAACGGUGACUGCCAGACUUUUAGCGGAUGUUACAUGGUGCGCGCAAACUUGAAAAUGCACUGCGUACCUUUGCAGAAAACCAUAUCUACUUUUGUGGACCCCAAGUCUGCUACGGACUCUACUCUGAGAAACAUGUCUGCUGCAGGACAGCUCCCCUUCUUCUAUAAGCGGCCGCUGUCCGAAGUUCUGAAAUUGGGCUUGACGAAAGCAAGCAGGAAAUCAAACCAAGUUGUGGUGGAAAUAGGAGAGGAUAUGGUCAAGACGGGAUGCGGGGGUCUGUCUGUGUACGAGGAGGCCCCGGUGUUCACCCUGGAAAUGGACCUCACAACUAUUCUGGAGUGGUGGCUCGGCGCGGAAGGGGGCCGGCUCAGGGUCCGGCUCAUGCCCGAGAAAAAGGCGCAGGUGCCCGUGAUAGAGGAUCGGUACACCGCGGCCAUACGCGCUGCGGACCCCCGCCUCUUCCUUCAGAUAUCCUCCCGGGGUGAACCAUUGGCUGGUAGGAGUGCUGCUGCCAUUCCUAGAGGCUACUGGAGCUUCUCCUGGGUAGCCGAAGACGACCUGAGCAUUCCCAACCUCUCCGUGCCCGUGUCAGAUCACCGAUGUCCUGGCAAUAGCAGAACUUGUGACCAGCACCUGGAGGGUAUCCCAGAGUUCACGUGGAGCAUAGUGGCUGCCGGGGACCUGCGGGAGGAAAGGAAUGAGAAAACAAAGAAGUCAGGAAGUCCCCAGGGGUGGGAGGAAGGUAAGAACGAAGGUCAGUUCCUCUGGGUGAACAGUUCAGCCUUUGGCGGCCCCUGGGUGCUGAGUCCUUGGCUGUGGGGGGGUCAGGGUCCAUGUAGCCUGGACAUGGCUGUGUUCCUCCACCCCAAGCAAAGUGGGCAAUACACCAUAUGGCUCAUAGAGCGGGACAAACCGCCGCUUGCCCUCUUCUCCACUGACACCCUGCCACGCAUCACAGGCUGGGCAGUGGUCCACCUCACCCUGGGGACCCACGGAGGAUCACCUUUUCGGGUCUCAGCCAGCUACGAUCAGCGGAUUCCACAGGACGACACGGCCACCAUCGAGCCCCACUUCACCACCAACUGCACCAUGGUGUCCUCGCCCGGCCCUAACAUCACACUGGAGGGCCAGUACCACUGUUACCAAGGACCUGGGAUCCCACUGGACAAACUGUGUGACUUCAGUACAGACUGUCCACACGGCGAUGAUGAAGGCGACCUAUGUCGCCACUUUCUCAAUGGCAGCUACUGCUCUUUUGAAGAGGGCGAGUGCGGUUGGCAGUCAAUAACAGGCCGUGGUCUCUCCUGGAGAAGACUCCAGUCACCACCCAAGGCUACCAGACAGAGCUGCCCGUCAUCAGGUGGUGCUACAUUCAGUGUGGACGGAGGCCAGUCCAAUAACCAGCGUAGCUCGGCGUUACUGAGGAGCCCUCUCUUCCCCCCUCCUCUAAGAAACUCCCCAUGCACGGUGCGAUUCUGGCUAUGUUCUGGAGGCUUACAGAAGGGGUCGCUGUCUCUGUGGAUAGUGGAGAACAGUACAGGCCCUGAGGAGCAGCGCAUACUGUGGCAUUCAGCCAGUGAACCCAAAUCUGAAAGGGGCUGGAAACUCGUCAUACUUCCCCUUUACGGGCUGGCAGACUGGUUCUGGCUGCAGUUCAGCACGGAAGAUGGACCUGGACCCGGUUCAGCCAUCUCUCUUGAUAACAUCUCUUUCAGUAUGGACUGCUUCCUGGCAUCCAACGGUGAGUUUCCACCAGUGGUCACCAGCACAACCAGGCUGCCAUUUAGACCAACCAUCAAGACUACGCCCCCAUCCAUUGGAAGCCCUAUGAUGAACCCCAUCACAGAUUACUCCAAAAAAUGGAUUUUUCAUACCUGUGGGGCUGCGGGCCCUGAAGGCCCAACUCCCACUCAGUGCCUCAACUCCUACAGGAACAGCAACGUCAACGUGACAGUAGGCACCCGAGGGCCCUUCAAAGGCAUUCAAAUGUGGCAGGUCCAGGAAACUGGCACCUACAGGAUCACAGCCUAUGGUGCAGCUGGCGGUCGAAGCGUAUUGGCCAUGAGCAGGUCACAUGGUGUCUACAUCACAGGAGACUUCCUGCUGAGGAAGGGCGAGCUGCUUUACAUCCUGGUGGGACAGCAAGGAGAGGACGCAUGCCCCAAUUCCAACGGCCAGCUGAAUAAGAUCUGCCUGGAACAGAGCGGCCCGAUGGUGAACAAAACUCAAGUGAAAGGGGGCGGAGGAGGAGGUGGUGGGGCCACGUAUGUGUUCAAGGUGGACAAAGGAGUGUAUAUCCCCCUCAUCAUCGCUGCUGGGGGAGGUGGCCGGGGGUACAGCAGCCAAUCAGAGACCCAGCUGGAGCAGAUGGACUAUGACCCCAGCCAACCGGGACGCAACGGGAAGUCAAAUGCUGCAGGCGGAGGCGGAGGUUGGAAUGACAGUGCUCCUGUCAGUCAGGGUGGCAGACCGCUGGUACUGGGAGGCCAGGGAGGGCAGGCCUGUCAAAAGUUCUGGCAGACCCACGGCGGAUUCGGGGGCGGCGGGGGUGGCUGUAUGUCCGGGGGCGGCGGCGGAGGCUACAGAGGUGGUAACACCUCCAUAGAUAACAACCCCAAACAUGACGGUGACGAUGGCACAUCCUUCCUCGGUCCAGAGGGAGAGCCCUUCAUCUAUCCUCUGAAAGCUAUGGAGGGGGAUGGUGAGGUGAUCAUCACUCCAGUGCAGAACUGCAGUCAUUGUGAGAGCGGUGAGUGCCUCGAGAUCAAGGACAGUAUCUGUUACUGUGAUGAUGACCUCAUCCUGGCACCGGACGGGGUGUCCUGCAUCAACGCUACAGAGGUGUCCCUGCUGCCUCCCCAGCCAACUCUUUCCCACCUGGCGCUGGGUCUGUCUGUGGGAACCUCGGCCCUCAUCGCCGCCCUGCUGCUGGCUGUGUCUGGAGUCAUGAUAAUGUACAGGCGUAAACACACAGAGCUGCAGUCUAUCCAGCUGGAGUUGCAGAGUCCAGACUGCAAGCUCAGUAAGCUGCGGGCCUCCACCAUCAUGACCGACUACAACCCCAACUACUGCUUCGCCGGCAAGACGGCAUCGGUCAACGACCUGAAGGAAGUACCGCGACGUAACAUCUCCCUCACCAGGGGUCUGGGUCACGGUGCUUUCGGUGAAGUCUAUGAAGGGCUGGCAGUUGGGAUACCAGGUGAACCGAGUCCACUGCAAGUGGCAGUCAAGACCCUUCCUGAGGUUUGCUCUGAGCAAGAUGAAUUGGACUUCCUCAUGGAGGCUUUAAUCAUCAGUAAGUUCAGCCACCAGAACAUUGUGCGUUGUAUAGGUGUCAGUCUGCAGGCCAUGCCCAGGUUCAUCCUGCUGGAGCUGAUGACCGGAGGAGACCUCAAGACUUUCCUGAGGGAGACCAGACCCCGGCUGGAGCACCCAUCCAGCCUGACCAUGGUGGACCUUCUCAACGUGGCCAGAGACAUCGCUAAGGGAUGCCAGUAUCUGGAGGAGAACCAGUUUAUACACAGGGACAUUGCAGCUCGGAACUGCCUACUGACCUGCAAAGGAUCGGGCCGCAUGGCCAAGAUUGGAGAUUUUGGGAUGGCUCGAGACAUUUACAGGGCAAGCUAUUACAGGAAGGGUGGGCGUGCCAUGCUGCCGGUGAAGUGGAUGCCACCUGAAGCCUUCAUGGAGGGCAUCUUCACAUCUAAAACAGACACAUGGUCAUUUGGGGUUCUGCUGUGGGAGAUCUUCUCAUUGGGCUACAUGCCAUAUCCAAGUCGCAGUAACCAGGAAGUGUUGGAGUUUGUAACCAAUGGCGGAAGAAUGGACCCACCUAAAAAUUGCCCUGGGCCAGUGUACCGUAUAAUGACUCAGAGUUGGCAACAUCAGCCUGAAGACAGGCCUAACUUCUCAACUAUCCUGGAGAGAAUUGACUACUGCUUGCAGGACCCUGAUGUGGUGACCAUGCCCCUGCCUGUAGAGUAUGGACCCGUCCCUGAAGAGGAAGAGCGCAUACCCAUGCGCCCUGACGACCCCUCAGCUCCAACCGUGCUGGUGAAUGCCCAGGUGCCUGAUGGGGAGGCUCCACAGCCGCCCCCAUCUUAUCCUACAGAAGAGAACCGGAGAGGUGGGGAGCACACUGUCGUGACUAGCACAGCAUCGGAGGCCAAAGCACUGACGUCGGCCCAGCCCCUGCCAUACCUCCACCAGCACCCUCACACGCAGACCCCCAUCGCCAUGACAACCACUACCACAGUCACUUCCACGGCCACUUCUACAGUCACUGCCAAGGGACCUCAUGUCACCACCCAGCCCAGCCCUGAGGGGGGCCACAUCAACCUGGCAUUCACCCAGGGCUACCCACCAGAGAAGGAGGGCCACAACGGGAAGAGCACCAGUCUCUGGAACCCAACAUACGGCUCGUGGUUCCUGCAGCAGAGGAAGCAGCAGCAGCAGCAGCAGCAGCAGCAGCAGCAGAGGCAGGGAGGGGUGGGGGGAGCAGGAGGGAGCAGUGGCAGGGUGCCUGGCGAGGGGCAGGAGCAUGUGGGCCGGACUGUGGCUGAGGUGGCAGGGGCGCUGGGUCUCCAGCACCAGCACAAGCAGUUCCAGCAUCAGCUCCAGCAGCAGCACCAACUCCAGCUGCUGCACCAUCAGCAGCAGCAACAGCAGGGUCUUUGUAGACCUCGGUUACCCCCAUUACCACCUCCGACUACUCAGUCACCUCUGCUUUUAGAUUCAGCCACCUUGCCCCCGGUGCCCCUCUACAGACUGAGAAGAUUCCCCUGUGGGAACAUCGGCUACGGCUACCAGGACCAAGGCAUGCCGCUGGAGGCCGUCCACGGUAACCCCAACCCCACUCCUCCCCCCCCUCCACUCCAGCAGGGCACCUCCAUGCCCUCCUCAGCAGCCCACCAGAGGGGGGCCUCCAUUCCCACCUCAGUGUCCCUGAGUCGGUCGGGUAUAUCCGAGGACAGCCGCCCACUGCUAGUCACCAUGGGGACAGUACAGGACCCCAGGCUGCCCAGGAUGGAGGGCCACAACGCCACUGUGCUUUAGCCCAAAUGCCUGUACUGCUGGUCUUUUUUUCAGGCCCUGUCUUUGGAGACUGUGUGUUCAGGACACAUAGCAGGAAACACUGUGUCAGGACAGAGACCGUUUUACCCCACCCCUACCGCCCCACCAUUUUGGUUUCUUCCCCCCGGUUCGGAAAUAAUCCAUCUCGCUGAAACAGAGCUGGUUGAGUCCAUCAGGCUUUUCCCAUGAGAACCCUGGAGGUGUGUUAAAAUCCCCAAUGGAUGCUAAAGCACAUCAGUGAACUAAAAAAGUUUUGGGAGGCAAAACGUAAAGGCUAGUUUUAAGAGUUUAAAAAAUGUAUUUUUUCAACGCUGGAGGGAUAGUGACUGAGUGAGAAUACUGAGAAAGAAUCGAAUGGAGAGUUUAUGGCAAAGGACGACAAUUUUCCAUCUGGUAGUGACCAGGAGCGAGCACAUAUGCCAUGUGUUGGCUGAGGAUGUCUUUGUCUAUGAGAAUGGACUAUUAGGCGGAUUCAAAUCUACAUUUCGCCAGGCUUAAGACUUUUAGUCACAAACUUUGGUGACCAGUUUGUAGCAACUGCGACGUUGUCUUCAGCUGCCAGCCACAUGUGUCAGUUCUACAGCAGAAUCCUCACACUGUUCCUUAUCCACAUCCUUUUGGAAAACAUCAAUGUGGUAAAUAACUUGUAUCAGACUAUUUUUCAAGAAUAUCACAUAAUUUGACACUGGAUUACCAGAGACAUUUAUACAAAAAAAAAUACUGGGAACAAUGUGUUUGAUGUUUGCUUGCCUGCUUGUUUAUUUAUUCAUUUGUUUAUUUAUUAUUUGGAAGUGGCUCUAUAAAUUAUUCAUGAACAUGCUUCUUCAAAUCCAAACAAAUUCAUCACCUGGUUUUCACUUUAGGUUUUAGAUAAUUUUUGGUAAUAUAGUAAUAACAAAAAAGGAGAGAAAGGACAAAGGUUAGAACACUGAUACAGGAAAUCAGUUGUGUCCUACGGUGAAGUAGAUGGAGAAAUACAGCACUGAAGCAGGUUGGUGAGAUUAUUUGACAAAAGAAUAUAACGGAUUAAAGACAAGCCACCCUCAGCAACAUUUAAGAGUUCAGCUUUUUGUUAUUGCUGAAGAUUUGUAAUAACUCGUUGCCCCUGGUACUAUUGAAAUCACUGCUCCAGACUCUCCUUUUGUUCACGCAAUUCUGUUGAAAGAGUGCUUUGAAACAGUGAAGUUGAGGCUUUUCUUUACUUAUGGCUUUUUCAGUAACCUUUUAUUAAUUCAUUUCUUGUUUAAAAAAAAAAGUUUCUUUCCCUUUUUUGUCUGGAUAUAGAAACAUAGUGGAUAUUGCUGAAUCAAUCUUAACCUUCAAAUUGCUAUCUUGAAGCACUCUACGUUCCUAAAUUAGCAUAUUUUAUCUUUUCUAUUAUAGGAUGAGUGUUGUGGAAUACAAAUGAGUCUGAAUGAUAAGUUUGAAUACAAACUGCUUUUGCUCCACAUGUGAUGAAAGCCUGGACUAGUGUGAGUCUCAUUCCGCUCAUUUUCACACAAAUGGUGUUAACACUUGUUUAAAGUCUGCUUUUUUUCAGUUUAAGGACAGUUACAUACAGUAUAUCUAUCAGAUAACGCCAUGAGCAUGGCGGUGUUGAUAUUUAGGUGAAUGACGACAAUAUGUGUCAGUUUUUUGAUGCUUUUGCUUGAUUAUAUUUGGCAAUCCUGUCAGUCCUUCUGCUGUAAAGCGAUGAUGAGCUGUCAUGUAUGUGUCAUUACGCUCAGUGACUGAUUAAGACAAAUGCAUUCCUGUAGGCCAAGUCAAUGAGCAAGUGAAAUAUUGGCCAAUGAAAAGUAUUUUGCUUUGUCUCCAGUACCUGUGUUAAAUGCAUUCAUUCUGUGUUCACGUCACAGCUCUUCUCCAUCGUUUGAUGUAAAAAGACAAACUGAACUGCACCUGUAAAUGUUGUAAUUAUAAAGUAUUGUACUAUGGCUCUGGUAAAAGCUGUAAAUUGCCCUUCAGAAGACAUUCGCCAAAAUAAAAAAAAAAUUACUAUAUAAUAA